AUGAUCUCCAAAUUCGCCCUUUUGGCUGUGACAAUGCUCGUUGGGCAAUCAGCCAUGGCUACGCCCCUAGCCGCGGAUAGCUCAUCCUCCGGUUUGGAGAAGAGGUUCAGCACCUUGAGUGGUCAAUGGAGUUCCGAAAGCGAGGGCAGCGGCCGGUAUACUCUAUACAACAACCUCUGGGGUCAAUCAUACGACACAUCCGGAAAACAAUCUACUCAAGCCACCUCGUAUAGCGGUACCACUCUCGCCUGGAAGACCACCUACUCUUGGGCCGGGUCUUCUUAUCAGGUAAAAAGCUAUGCAAACGCCGCGCUGAAUACCGGCCUUGGAAAGAAAUUGUCCGCGAUUUCUUCCAUCCCUAGCACAUGGAAAUGGAGUUACACAUCGGCGUCUUCGUCCCUCAUCGCGGACGUUUCUUAUGAUCUGUGGCUAAGUAAUUCCGCAUCGGGAACGCCAUCGAGUGCCGCGAGCACUUAUGAGAUUAUGGUGUGGCUCAGCUCACGUGGUGGAGCUGGACCUGCUGGCUCUCAGAUUGCAACGGUGACGGUUGGAGGCCAUUCUUGGAAACUAUACAAGGGGACUGUAUCGACUUGGACCGUCUAUUCUUUCGUUGCUACUUCUGAGAUCGCAUCGUAUAGCGGCGACCUCAAGGCCUUCUUCACUUAUUUGUCUAGCUCUCAGGGGCUAUCGACCUCUCAGUACUUGGUCGGAGCUCAGGCUGGUACUGAACCUUUUGUCGGCUCUGCGACGCUCACGACGUCUGCAUAUACGAUCAGCGUUAACUAG